AUGGCGCAUGGAGACUACACCGUCGCGAUAAUCUGCGCCAUCGGCUUCGAAAUGAGCGCAAUCCGUUACCUACUCGACUGCGAGCAUCCCCGCCUACGCACCCAACCGGGCGACACGAACAUGUACGUCCUCGGCGAGCUUGCCGGCCACAAUACCGUCCUCGCAUGCCUGCCAGGCAGCCAAGGAAAGAGCGCGGCUGCGCACGACAUCCGUCUCGGCGACGUGGUCAUCAGUAUGCCCGAGGGCCAGUACGGCGGCGUGGUACAGUACGACCUAGGCAAAGACACCGAGGACGACUUUCGGCUCAAGGGCUUUCUCGUUCCUCCGCCCUCGCGCCUGCGAAGCGCCGUCGAGAUGAUGAAGUCCGACCACCUAAUGGCGGAGAACAAGGUCAACGAGUUUCUGUCCCACAUGCUGCAGAAGUCGCCGCGCCUGUCCAUUUACGCACGCCCACCGCCUCAGCUGGACAUCCUUUUCGAGCCCGACUAUCCUCAUCCGUCUGAUCAGGCAACUUGCGGGCGAUGCGACCGGGCUAGGGCCGUCCCCCGCAAAGCCCGUGCCACCAGCUCUCCCGAGAUCUACUACGGCCUGAUCGCCUCUGGCGACCGCGUGGUCAAAGCUGCCCACAAACGCGACGCAGCCGUCAAUAACGUUGGCGACAUACUCUGUUUCGAGAUGGAGGCGGCCGGUAUAGCUACUGAGUAUUCGUGCAUCGUGCUCCGCGGUAUUUCCGACUAUGGAGACUCCCACAAGAACAACGACUGGCAGCACUACGCAGCGGCUGCGGCCGCCGGAUCUGCGAAGGAGUUGCUUUCGUAUAUUGACCCCGAGGAACCUGCCCCAUCGCCACUACCGCCAUCAAGCACAGUCCCGGUUAGAGGAGGGCGGGACACUCCACACGUCGAUGGACAGAGAAUACAGAACUCGGGUUCUGGCAAUAUUUCAUUUGGGCGUGAUAACGUCACAGUCGGUCGAGACAUGCAUAUAAGUAGGCACUAA